AUGCCUCGUUCAAAGCGUGCGCGCGUCGUCCAUGAGUCCAAGGUUACCAAGAAGGACCACAAGGAACAAACUCGCCGACUCUAUGCCAAUAUCCGGGAAUCCCUCGAGCAAUAUGACCAUCUGUUUGUCUUCGCCGUUGACAACAUGCGUAACACCUACCUGAAGGAUGUUCGUGCUGAGUUCUCAGACAGCCGUCUCUUCUUCGGUAAGACUAAGGUUAUGGCCGUCGCUCUUGGAAACACUCCUGAGAGCGAAGCUGCUCCCAAUGUGCACCGCCUGACUCCCUACCUGGCCGGUGCCGUCGGCUUGCUUUUCACUUCCCGCGCCGCUGAAUCCGUCACCGAGUACUUCGAUAACUUCCGCCCUUCUGAUUUCGCCCGUGCUGGCACUGAGGCUACCCGCUCUUUCAGCAUUCCUAACGGCUUGGUCUACCAGCAUGCCGGCGAGAUCCCCGUUGAGCACGACGAGCCCGUCAGCCACACUGUCGAGCCUGCUCUGCGUAAGCUGGGUGUCCCUACCCGCCUGGUUAAGGGCAAGGUUAUGCUUGAGUUGACUGAGGGUCAAGAGAGCUUCCCAGUUUGCCGUAAGGGUGAGACCCUCGACUCCCGACAGACAACCAUCAUGAAGAUGUUCGGCGUCACAUCUUCUGAGUUCAAGGUUGACCUGAAGGCUCACUGGUCGCGGAGCACCAACGAAAUUAAGGUUCUGGAGAAGGGUGAUAUGGAGGUUGAUGCAUAG